AUGGGUGACACGAAAUAUGAGCUGUCCGAUAUGGACAAAAUCGGUAUCACGAAGACUGUGAAAGUCUUAUUAUUCUAUGAGCUCCAACCCACCAUCGAUCCAGAAGAAUUGAUCACUUCCCUGGCGGAAGGCGUAAAAAACGCGACCAGACAACUGCCCUUCAUGGCCGGGAACCUCGAAUUCAACGAGCAUGGUAAACUCAGCAUAGUUAUACCACCAGGAAGCCAGGUCAAACUCAACAUUCGCCGGUUUGAGUCCAAGGAACAAAAGUCACUUUCCGCCCUAGUCCAGGACUCAUUCUCUCCAGAUAAUAUAGACUUUACAGAGUUUUUACCGGAGGAACCGGCGGCCCCAAAGCAGGUCUGCGCUCUUCAAAUAAAUCUUGUGAAGGGCGGCCUGAUUCUAGGAUUGUGGAUGAAUCACGCGGCUGGAGACUGGUCUUCUAUUGAUACAUUCGUCUCUCUUAUCUGUCAAAACUGCAAGGCACAUCGGGAAGGGCUGAAGACACCUGCCUACACACCAGAUCUCAACAGAGCUCCAUACAAUGCGCCAGAGACCAGCUCAACAUUCUCCAGACAGGAACAUCUGGAAAAGCUCCCAAUGUUCUACGUUAUGGAGAAAAGUCAAUUCAAACUAAAGUCGCCACCUGCCUUCCGAUCAAGCGUAUACAGGAUCUCUGAACCAUCCAUCCAACAGCUCAAAGCGCGGUGCACCCCACAUCUGACUGAGGUAGACUAUAUAACCUCAUACGACUGCAUAUCUGCCCUUACAUGGACGUCAAUUACACGUGCUCGGCUCAAUCUGCACCCAGAAAAAUCCUCCUCGCCAUCCCGUUUCGUCCACCCUAUUGAUGUCCGCACUCGCGACCCAGAGAAGAAAACUUCUGAACGCUACUUCGGUAACGCCGUCAUCGGGUCCCAAGCAGGCCCUAUCACUGCCGAAGCCCUAGUAUCAGAUGGUGACCGUGGUAUCGCAGCUGCAGCUACCCUAGUCCGCCAAUCUAUAAACUCCACCAGCCUAUCUACAAUCAGCCACAUGACCUUUCUCAUGAAGUCACUCGCUCCAGCGGAGAUACUGGGCUCUCAAGCAGACUUCAGUGACAUGGAUGUGUUUGUGAAUACAUGGUACUCGGGAAAUGCAGAAAAGUACGAUAUUGGGGGUGGUUUAAGACCUGUUGCGUUUCGAGUUCCUCUAAGCCUUCCCGGAGCGUGCGCGGUAAUCUUGCCGAAUUUUUCGAGUGGAGCAACGAGGGUCUUUGAGGUUCUUGUGCAGGUUGAGGUUCAGGAGCAUGAGUUACUCAGGAAGGACCCAGAGUUUUUAAGGUAUUUUGAGGUUGUUGUGUGA